AUGCACAUAAUCCAGGAUUAUCGGGAGCGAGCCCGAAGGCAUCAGCGGGGGCACGAGGAGGUCGAGGCGAGGCGUCUGGUGUCCGAGGCCGAGCGCCAGGAGCUCCAGACGAGGAUGGGGGCGGCCGAGGGCGAGAUUCGGGCUCUGACCGCUGAGCUCGAAGAGGAGAAGGGCGCGCAUACACUGGUCAGAUCCGAAGUGCGCGCUGUGGAGGCUCGUCUGGCCGAGGCCGAGUCGACGCUCGCUAUCCGCAAGCAGGAGGUGGGGGAAGCUCACCUCAAGGCCCAAGAGCUCGAGGCCCGUUUGCUCGACGCGCAGUCCUUGCUCGUCGCUCGCGAACGGGAAAUAAAGAAUCUGGAGCGGAAGGCCACGUAUCACGAGGCUCGGGAGAAGGAGGCUCGGGAGCAGGCCCAGGACGCCGUUAAACUCUUCCGUGAAUCGGAAGAGUUUCGCGACCUACUGGAGGAGGAAGGCGUAAAUGGGCUCAUCCAGGGCUUCAAGGACUUCCGCAACCAACUACGGCGACUUCUCCCGAGUUUCGACCUUAACCUGCUUCAACCAGGAGCGGGGGUCGAAGAAUCGGAGGCGGAGGCGGAAGCUCCGGCGGUCGACGAGGCCGCCCAGGAAGGCCCGGCCGAGGCGCCCGAGGCUGCUCCCGAGGUCGCCGAGGCUGCUCCCGAGGCGCCCGAGGCUGCUCCCGAGGUCGCCGAGGCUGCUCCCGAGGUUGCCGAGGCUGCUCCCGAGGUUGCCGAGGCUACUGAGGUAGAGACCUUGGUCGCGGAGGAACCAGCCGUCCCUGAAGUUGCCGAGGACAAUAGAGCCGAGCCUUAG